AUGAAAGGAAUGUGUGUGAAGAUACUGGCCAUUGUAAUGGUUAUGACCAAUGACGUUCACGCGCAGUGUGUUCCUCCGACGAAUAAUUGUGCCCCUGGUCAGCCUUGUAUCGCUGGACAAACUGGUUGUUCCGAUAGUGAUUCAAAUUCUGAUUGUACAUCUGUAGGGGGAAGUAACGUAUGCGCAUGCGUUGAGGGAUACUUUGAUGACAGUGGCGUUUGCACAGCAGUGGAAGGCCAAACCUGUACGUCAUCUGCGGAAUGUAACAAUCUGCAUGAGAUGUGCGUGUCAGGUAACACAUGCACGCGCACGAUAAGCUUCGUUUGCUCUGGCGGGAUGUGCACAGAACUUUCAGGAACUGGAGGGCCCCCUGGCACAGGUGGGCCCCCAGGAACAGCAGGACCGCCAGGAACAGGUGGUCCACCAGGCACAAGUGGGCCACCAGGGACUGGAGGCCCGCCAGGAACUGAGGGACCUCCAGGUACUGGUGGACCUCCGGGAACAAGUGGCCCACCAGGAACAGGAGGCCCACCCGGAACUGGUGGUCCACCAGGAACAGGCGGUCCUCCAGGCUCGGGAGGCCCACCAGGCACAAUUGGUCCACCAGGAACAGGCGGUCCACCUGGAACAAGUGGCCCACCAGGAACAGGAGGCCCCCCAGGAACUAGUGGUCCACCAGGAACUGGGGGCCCUCCAGGUACUGGUGGACCUCCUGGCACAGGAGGACCGCCGGGCACAGGAGGUCCACAAGGAACUGGAGGUCCCCAAGGGUCUGGUGGUCCUCCAGGUACUGGUGGUCCUCCUGGGACAAGCGGACCACCUGGAACAUCUGGUCCCCCUGGAACUGGAGGGCCACAGGGUACAAGUGGACCACCGGGAACGAGUGGUCCCCCAGGAACCGGUGGUCCACCAGGAACAGGAGGGCCCCCAGGAACUAGUGGUCCACCAGGAACUGGGGGACCUCCAGGUAUUGGUGGGCCUACAGGAACAGGAGGCCCUCCGGGCACAGGAGGUCCUCCUGGAACUGGAGGGCCCCAAGGGUCAGGCGGUCCUCCUGGUACUGGCGGACCACCUGGAACAUCUGGUCCCCCUGGAACUGGGGGGCCAACGGGUAAGGGUGGGCCACCGGGAACGGGUGGUCCUACAGGUACAGGUGGUCCUCCGGGCUCUGGAGGCCCACCGGGCUCGGGAGGCCCACCAGGAACCGGAGGGCCACCAGGAACUAGUGGUCCUUCAGGAACUGGUGGACCUCCCGGGACAGGAGGCCCACCAGGCACAGGAGGUCCCCCUGGAACUGUGGGACCCCAAGGGUCAGGUGGUCCCCCUGGGACUGGUGGUCCUCCUGGGACAUCUGGCCCACCAGGAUUGAGAGGGCCACCAGGUGCAAAAGGAAUGAAAGGAAACAAGGGCAUGAAGGGCCUACCGGGUAACACCGGAAGUGUGAUUGGGAUGAAAGGCAUGAUGGGAAUGAAAGGCGCCAAAGGAAACUCUGGCGUACCCGGCCCAAUAGGCCCGACCGGACGACCUGGACUUCCCGGAAAGACUUUUAUCUUCAUUGUCCCUGCUACCGGAUCAGGUACAACAGGACCUGUGGCAACCUCUGGACGUCCCCCCGCGACAUCCUUUCCGUUCUCUGCACAAUCAACAACCAGAGGUCCGAUUGGUGGCUUUUUUGCACCUUUUAUAACCAUAGGACAUGUGGCGACCUCUGGAAGGCAACCUAUGACACCCUCCCCUUUCUUUGUUCCAUCAACAAGAAAUGCCCCUGGUGGCUUUCUUGCGCCCUUUCUACCCAACUUUCAGUUACUUAUUGCACCCCGUGAUGCAAAUACAAACAUCAUUCCUGGUUCGUUGCGGCCAGAAAUUCCACCAGGAUCCGUCCGCAAGGGAUCAAUGGAGAACGCAAAAACGAAGAAACUGGAUAAUUCCGAAGGAAAAGCCUUUUCAGAGUCCAAAUGGGAAGGUCGGUUGGCGUGUGCAUUCUCAGCACUAAUUCUAGGCUGUUUGAUAUAUCUGCUGAAGCUGUACAAGAAAAUGAGGAAGCUACUCGAUAAGACACGCCUGAAAGAGCAAACUACUUGUACACACAUGGAGAAGAAUUGUUUCAACUUGGCGCCAAACUUAUAG